GGAUGGGAUGGGAGAAGACUUCAAAGUCAAGCAAGCAGCAACUCUCAUCAAGGAAGCCUUUUCCCAAUCCCACCGUAUUAAAGCCACCACAACCCUUCUCAGUUUCUUCAUCACUUCCCCUGUUCAGCAACUCUAAAACCAGAUAGUUUUAUCCAAAAUGAAAACUUUCCUCCAAUAUUUCUUCCUCUUAUUCUUAAAUAUCACUACUAUAACAAUCUGUGGUAAAACCAUCCCUUCAGUUCACAGCCGCUGUAUUAAAGACCAACAACUAUCAUUGCUCCAUUUGAAGAAAAGCCUUAUAUUUAAUGGAGAUUCUUAUGAUUCAUACCCUACCAAGGUUAUAUCAUGGAAUUCGAGUACCGACUGUUGCUCUUGGCUUGGUGUUGCUUGCAGUACUGACGGGCGUGUUGUUCGUCUCGACCUUAGCGGAGAAUCUAUCUCUGGUGGCAUUGACAAUUCCAGUAGUCUCUUCAAUCUUCAACAUCUUCAAAGCCUCAAUUUGGCCAACAACGUGUUUAGCUAUGGCUCUCGCAUUCCGUCAGCAAUCGGAAAGCUUACCAACUUGAGAAUGAUCAAGGUCUGUUACUUGAGAGCCCGAAUUUAAGCAUGCUCUUGCUGAACUUCACAGAGCUUACAGAGCUUUAUCUUGAUGGAGUAAUUAUCCCAGCACAUGGUACUCACUGGUCCCAAGCGAUAUCUUCACUGCCAAACCUGAGUGUGUUGAGCUUGUCAAAUUGUGAUCUUUCAGGUCCUAUUGAUCAAUCCCUCGCUAAACUUCACUCUCUAUCCGUGAUUAGAUUGGAUCAUAAUUCCCUAAUCUCUGGUCCAAUUCCAGGAUUUUUUGCCAACUUUUCAAACCUGAGGGAGUUCAACUGGGGUGGCAACUAUAUUUCCGGUCCAAUUCCAGGAUUUUUUGCCAACUUUUCAAACUUGAGGGAGUUCAACUGGGAUGGCAACAAUAUUUCCGGUCCAGUUCCAUUAUUCUUUUCCAAUUUCUCAAAGUUGACUUCCUUGAAUCUCGUGGCAUGUGAGUUGCGCGGGACAUUCCCCAAACAGAUCUUUCAGAUACCUACUCUACAAACUAUUAACCUUUACUAUAAUGGUGAACUUCAUGGUUCCUUGCCAGAAUUUCCAAAGAAUGGAUCUCUUAGGUCCUUGGAUCUAAGCUUUACCAACUUUUCAGGGUUAAUGCCGGACUCUAUUGGCAACCUCAAAAUGCUCUCCAUGAUAAUUCUUUUCAAUUGUAGUUUCACGGGAUCAAUCCCGAAGUCACUGGCGAACCUAACACAAUUGGUUCGUUUGGACUUGUCAUCAAACAUGUUCAAUGGUCCAAUUAGUUCUAUCCACUGGGAGAAGCUUAGUAAUCUGGUACAUCUCCAGUUGAAUGACAAUCUACUUGAGGGGAGUAUUCCGUCAUCUCUCUUUUAUCUUCCCUUAUUGCCAGAGCUAGUACUUUCCGACAAUCAAUUCUCAGGUAAACUCAGCGAGUUUCCUAACGUCUCUUCCUACUUAUUUACCAUUGAUUUAAGCUUCAACAAUUUGGAAGGACAACUGCCUGUGUCUAUCUUUAAUUUUCGAGGCCUUGAAUCACUUCGUCUUUCUUCCAACAAUUUCAGUGCCUUUCCGUUCAAUGGCCCUCAACAGCUGAAAAAUCUUACAGACAUUGACCUUUCGUACAAUAGCUUGCUGAGUUUAUACAAUGGUACUGAUUCCUCAUUUCCUCAACUUAGUUUAUUGAAUUUGGCUUCUAACAAAUUGAGAACAAUCCCAAAUUUCUUGAGAAAUCAAUCUGCAUUAUCCUCUUUGGACCUUUCAGAAAACCAGAUUGAAGGAAAGAUACCCCGUUGGAUUUGGAGUUUCAAAGAUCUUUUUGACUUAAAUCUCUCUUGUAACUCCUUAGGAACUCUAGAAGCUCCUUUCUUUUAUCCUGAUGUUCGUGAGCUUGACCUUCAUUCAAACCAACUCCAGGGGAAACUCCCAAUUUUCCUACCAAAUGCCUUCUAUCUGGAUUACUCACAAAAUAAUUUCAGCUCUAUCAUACCAACUGAUAUUGGUGAUUUCCUCACUUCCUAUACUUCCUUCGUAUCAUUUUCAAGCAAUAACUUACAUGGCUACAUUCCAGUAUCGAUAUGUAAUGGGGGUCUUCGAGUUCUUGAUCUGUCCAAUAAUUCUCUGAGUGGCAUGAUUCCACAAUGCUUGUCGGCAAAAGUAGGUCUUGGAGUACUUAAUUUAAGGAGAAACAACCUUACUGGAACUAUUUCUAAUUUUGAAUUUCCUGAAUUUUGUGGAUUAGACACUCUGAACCUUGGUGAAAAUCAGAUAAAAGGUCAGUUUCCAAAAUCUCUAGCCAAUUGCACAGGUUUACAGGUUUUAAACCUUGGCGAGAAUCAUCUGGUGGAUACCUUUCCAUGCUUGUUGAAGAACAUAUCCACUCUGCGUGUCCUUGUUUUGCAGUCCAACAAAUUUUACGGACGCAUUGAAUGUCCCAAGACCCAUGGCACCUGGCCAAUGCUUCAAAUCAUAAACCUAGCUCACAACAAUUUCAAUGGUGAAAUACCGAGAAGAUCUUUGACAACAUGGCGGUCAAUGAUGGCUAAUGAAGGUGAUUCCCUAGCAAAGGUCAAAUUCUUAGAAUUUUCACACCCAGCAGGGAGAGACGGGGUUGGUUUUUCUUUUGAGGAUGGUAUAACAGUUACUAGCAAAGGUUCACAGAUGGAUCUGCUAAAGAUUCUAUCUAUCUUCACCUUGAUUGACUUCUCAUGCAACAAUUUCAGUGGACUAAUACCUAAGGAAAUAGGAAAAUUCAAAUCAUUAUAUGUCCUUAACUUGUCCGGAAAUGCCUUCACAGGCGAAAUCCCAUCCUCGUUUGGUAACAUGCGGGUACUCGAGUCCUUGGACCUGUCACAGAACAAGCUGAGUGGGCAAAUUCCACCACAGUUGGCAAAUCUUACUUUCCUUUCAUUCUUGAAUCUCUCAUAUAAUCAACUGGUCGGCAAGAUCCCAACCAGUACUCAGUUUUCAACAUUUCCAAAAGACUCAUUUAUAGGAAACAAAGGACUAUGGGGGCCUCCUUUGACAGUGGAUAACAAAGCACCACCACCAGCAUUAAAUGAAAGCCUUCCAAAUUCUGGCCAUCGUGGGAUUAAUUGGAAUCUUAUCAGUGUUGAAAUUGGAUUUACAGUUGGCUUUGGAGUUUCCGUUGGGUCACUUGUGUUGUGCAAGAAAUGGAGUAAGUGGUAUUACAGAGCUAUGUACAAGAUGGUUCUCAAGAUAUUCCCUCAGCUAGAGGAAAGAAUUGGUAUUCAUCGAAGACAUGUUCACAUAAAUCAAAGGUGGAGACACUGAAUUGAUUAGCAUUGUGAUUAUGGUUGUCAUAUUUUAGCUUAAUUAUGCCCUAAUAAUUUAUGUAAUGUUAUUCAAUGUGAGUUCAA